UGUAACAGCCGAUCAAAUGUCGCAAAUGUAACCCGAUAUUUACCCCCUUUAAACCGAAAAAACCGCAAUUUUACGCAAUAAUUUCGCAAAAGUCGAUAAUUUUCCUAUUGUCGCAACAAAAACACGUAAAAAUCAACGAAAAUUACCGCGGCUUACAGUUAAUUUUAACGGAUAAUUUAAACAUACCCCGGCUCCCGCUUAUGUAGAAAGAAAAAUGCAUUUGCGAGCACUUGUGCGGCCGCUAAAUUAUUCGCAAGGUGUUCGGGCUGAUCGCUUGUCUUGUGCUGAUCCGGUCAUUGUGUGGGAAAAAAUGCUAGAAAAACCUUAAAAUGAAUAAAGAGAAAGUGCCAAAAACAAGUCGCAGUACUCGGCCACCACCAGCUAAUGUUAACAGAUCUUCUCGACCUCAAACCGGUGAGCCAACCUCCAUUUUCGGGUCGCUCAGGCGCCUCAAAAGUGGCGUUUCCACCUCCACCCCGAAAAAACCUCCCGAUUUAGAGGUGAAGAAAAAAUUGGCCAGUUCAUCUGGGGUGAGUGUCAGGGUUGAUAAUAAUGCUAACGUUACCUCGGUGGGGGGUUUUGAGGAGGACAGUGGCCACCGGAGAAGAAGAGGCAAAGAGAAUAUAGAGGAGGGUGGAGGAGGAGUUGUUGGGAGAAGACCGGUUCCUGGGAGAACAACCGUUUUGGGAAGUAAAAAUAGGACUAAAGGAUCCGCUGUGUCGUUGCAACAAUUGAUCAGGCCUAGAUCGCACCAAAGUAUCAACAAACCAAAGAGACCAAUCAGCGUAUCAGUGCCAGGCCACGUGACUGUAAGAAGAGGACACAAGGAGGGACAAGGAAACACGGAUAACUUGUCCAGAACCUCCUCGAUCACCAAUUUGGACUCCUUGGAGUCUAGUUUGGGUAAAGGGGCGAAGCCACGUAAGGCAGCCUCCAAGGAGAGAAUCGACAAACAGUCACACGAUGGAAAAAAGGUCACAAAAAACAACAACAAACUAGAACCUCCCACGCAGCAACCCUUAACUUAUUCCUCUGAUUCACUACAACACUCCGAAGCGGAGUUGCAACAGCUGCGCAAGCAGCUGCGCGACAUGGCCGACGAGAAGAGUUCGCUGGCGUUGCAGCUGGGCGAGCAGCGAGGGCAGCUGAACGUUUUACAGAAUGAGAUUCUCAAACUUAAGUGUUUCCAAGAGGAAAGCAACUUAGAGAUGGAAAAACUGGCCGAGGAAAACACCGUGCUAAGAAACCGGCUGAGAGACGUGGCACACUCACCGCUCAGCGACAACGAGAAGCAGCAGUUGUUGUUUGACAAUAGACAUCAUAAUAGUGCUCCAGCUUCCAUAGCUACAAAUGCUAUAGAUGAUACUGGAGGGGAUGCUACCACCUGCACCACUCCGGAUUGGGACAAACAGUCCAGCGGGAACGUGAGCGAGGUCUCGGUGGCCUGUUUGCAGGAUAAAAUCAAUCAGAUGCAAGAAACUCAUUACAGUACAAACGAGGAACUUCAAGCUACCCUCCAAGAGCUGACCGACCUUCAACGUCAGCUGACUGAGCUCCAGCAAGAAAACGAGCGAUUGAACGAGGAGAAAACGUUAAUGUUCGACAGUUUGUGUCGACAAACUGAACGAUUAAAAGAGUCCAGGCAAGAAGUGGAGAAACUGAAUCAGCUGAUCUACAGCAAUAGAUCAGAUGAAACGGGAAUAAACCAGUUUGAAAACGCCGUAGAACGUGAACAACAACUGGUAGAAGUCUUAAGGACCGCACAAGAUGAACGGGAGCAAUUGCUGUUGAAACUAGAUCAAAUCCAAGGGGAGUUACAGGAUUCUAGAAAAGCGCAUGCUGAGAAGUGUGAAGCCCUUGCCCAGCUCACGGAACGCUUAAAAACCCUAGAAUGCACCUUGGACGCCAAAAAUGCCGAGCACAAACAACUGGAUCAAGAACUGACCCAAACCAAAGAUCAAUAUUCCGGAAAACAAAUCGAGGUGGACCGUUUGUCCGAUUUAUUGGAAACCGCUCGAACUAAGAUCAUUGAACUGGAACAAGAUCGUGCUCUGAGCGACAAAAGCGAACUGGAUGAAAUGUUGGAUAAUGCCAGGAAGGAGAAGGAUCAGCUUGAGUCUGAGGUGACGUAUUUAAAGGAGCAACUGGCCCGGAGCAAAAAUGAGAUUGAGAAGUUAAAAGAGCAAGUUUUUAUGCUGCAGGAAGAAUGCAAAGUGACUAGGAACAACGCGAAAACCACCCAGGCGGACCUGGAAUACAAGUGCGAAAAAGUCGUGGCCGAAAAGAACAAUUUGAACGAACAGCUGCAACAAUACCAGGAGGUAGUAAACGAGUUACAGUUGCAGUCGCAAUGCCAUCUGGAGGAUAAGCGGCAACUGUCGGCGGUUUUAUCAGAAACGCAACGGAAUAUGAGCGAAACCGAGCGUAAGAAUAUCAAUUUGGAGAACGAGUUGCUCGAGUUGAAGAAACUGAGGGAAGAAGAGAACGAUGAGUGGGAAAAAUUCCAAAACGACCUCUUAACCUCGGUGAGGGUGGCCAACGAUUUCAAAACCGAGGCCCAACAAGAACUGCAGAAGAUCAUUUUGGAAAAUAAAACUUAUAGAGAGAAAGUAAGACUGUUAGAAGGGCAACUGGAGAAACUUAAGGGUGAAAAAACGUCCACACCUACACAGACAGACAUCAUUUUAACACCUCAACUAAUCGCGUUGGCCAAGAAUUUGGAUCCUUCGAUACCCAACCGAGUGUCCUUAUUGGAGAAACCUGAUACUACUGGAAAUAUGGAGAGACUGUUUCCGAUCUUAAACCGGAAGUGUAAAAGCAAAGAAAACUUGGCGGAUGUGUCCACUUUAAGCGGACACAGACGACAAAGGAGUGAUAAUAGCUUGGGUUUAAAAAAAAGCAAAAGCAAAGAUGAUUUGCGUGAAUACGGGAAGGAAAGAGGGUCCAGAGGGUUUCUAAAGUGGAACAGAAGCAAGGAGAAUUUGAAUGUAGAAGACGAGCCUAAAGAGAAGAAGGGUUUCUUCAAAAGAAACAAAAGUCAAGAGGAUCUGGACAAGCCUAGGAAAAGUAAAGACAGCUCAGGCUCCUCGGAGGGCAACAAUUCCCUUACAAAAAUGAUCAAAAGGCGCGAAAAGAAAUCUGCAAAUCGCUCGAAAAUAACGCAUCCAAAAUUCAUGUCAGUUGAGGAAGAAAUGCUGCUACAAUCCUUAGACAGUUGGUACGAGAACAUUGAUCAAAACACACCGGAUGAACUACUUACCCAAGAAGAAAAAGCUGUAAGAAAACUGAAGGUUUUAUACGAAGAUGACACCCUAAAAGAAAAACCUGUAGCUCACAAACCGAAAGAACAUCUAGCCAUAAGCAAACCUUUACUAAACUCCGUUGUCCUCAAUCCAAAACUAGAACAAAUCUGCCGGGAUCCCAAACUUAUCACAGUACAUCCCGAAGUGAGAGAAAGCGCCUUAGAAGACUGCUCUACAAGAGUAGAAGAAGAAGUCUACACAAAUAUCCCUCCCAUAUUUAAAAGCAAAAGCCUAGAGGACAUUAACGUUUUCGAAGAGUACCGCACUGAAUCCUCUUUGGCCCCAGUACUCUACGGCCCCACCAAAGUAGACACCACACACUUUAAAAGGGUUUUAAGCGACAUUGACCCAAACGAUUCAGUAUCAAAUCCAAGAAGAUCAAUAAUGUACCAUGAGCUACCCAAACCUAACGUCUAUAUCAAUUACGAGAAUUUGGACGAGAUUGUGGGUCAAAUACCGAGAAACGUGCCGGAAAACCGCCUUACUGAGGAGCAAAAGUUCGCCAAAAAACUGAAAUCCGCUUUGGAUGACGCCGAAAAGAAAACCACAUUAAAAAAAAGCAAAAAGAGUCUCAGGGGUCAAGAGAUCAGCGCGCCUACAAGAGAAUCCGUAGAAAAAAACUGGAAAUUAAAGGAAAUCCUCUUAAACCCGAGGAUAAAAGCAGCUGAGGAGCCACGGAAACGUCAUAGUACCGAUAUCAGUAGCGACCUGGGAAGCCCACAAUACGCACGAAACUUAAAUAACAGCAACAGCAAAUCCUACGAAGACAUAUCCUUCUCAUUUGUGCCUGAGAAUACUUUGCUCCAUAUGCACUACGGAGAACAGAUCAAAGCCUCGAAGUAUACCAUAGAAUCUUCCAGCUCCUCCAGUCAAUCAUUCACCAGUGCUGAAUUUAACUUGGAUACAGGCACAAUCGUUGAAAAAGCUGAUUCACUAUUGUACAAUGAUACAGUAACACGCACCAAAGAAGCAAAAGUAAAAGAGCUAAAGCGCGAGCUAAGUGUACAAGAAGAAGAAGAGAUACACCAUCCCAAGAUAUUAAAAGCCAAGCAGCAGUAUGAGAUCCAGCUUCAAGAAUCCUUGAAGAGAAUACAUCAUGAUGAGCUCAGGGCUAGCUUGAGGAAGCAGCGAGGUAUGGAUCAAAACGGCAAUUUUCUACCAGUGAAAUACGAAGACGUUAAGUUUGAAGAACCAAUAGUAAAAAUCGUUCAUUUUGAAGACCAACAGAGCACAUUGAGUGAGGAAGGCAGCUGGUACUUUGAACCUGAGGUGCCCAUAGCUUUCAGAGAUAAAACUGACGAAGAAAAUCUUGAUGAUGAGAGUCCUGAAGCCAAUAACUGUUCAUUUAAUGAGGAAGAUCAACUCAAAGAAUAUUACAGUCUAACACAUGACAUUGGCCAUAUGACAACUUUAGAAGAUUAUCCAGCCAUCCAAUCACCAACCUUAUCUUUUCACAGGCACAGUUACACUUCCCCCAUAAACUCACCGAUACCUUCAACUCAUCGUCUCUCACUACCAUCUCCAAAUGUAUAUCUCUACGAACAAACCUUGAAAGAAAACCGUUAUGGAGUCGUCUCUCCACUGAACUUAAGAUACACUUAUAGACAUGUGGUGGAAGAAUACAAAGAAAAGUUUCCCUCCGAAGAAGAGAUUUCACCUAAAACCGAAGUGGAUUAUGUAGAAAACACUGAUGAUUUCAUCGAUGAGUUUUUCCGGCCGGUGUUUGCUCCCGAGGAGUCCGAAGGCGUUGUUCUAAGAACCUCCGAGGUGAACUCCAAAAUAGACCAGGAAAUGGAGGAAAUUAUGGAGAAGUAUUUGCAUACGAGAGCUUCUUUGUUAGUGAAGAAGCUUGAUGAGCCAGCACCGAAAACUAACCUAAAAAAGUAUGAAACUAUGGAGGAAUUAGGCAAGGCAGGAGAAGAGAGAAUCACUGAAUCAGAAGAUGAGCCACUAUCGUUGCAAGAUCUACAAUUUAUUGAAGAAAUGAAGAGCAAAUAUGCCUCAAACGAAACGCUUACUGAAGAUGAACCGAUAAAAGAGACGAAGUCUUUGAGUUUCCAGUUGAAAGAGAAGAAACCAAGGCCACUAUCUGAACUUAAUGAACAAGACUUGGCUUUAAUUGAUGAGAUUAGUAGACGGUCAGCUAAUUAUGAGGAUACAAAUCCAAGGCCUUUUGAAUCUAGCCAAAAAGACUGUGUUGAUGAAUUGACUAGGAGGCCAACUAAAGAUUUGAAAGAUGAAUCAAUUGAAAUGAUUGAAUCAAGGCCAUUAUCAGAAACUGUUAAUGAAGCGUUACGUUUUUCUGAUGAUAUUAGAAGAUCAAUUGAAAAUGCUUCCCAUGGCGAAGAAUUGAUAAGAGAAAUAAAACCAAGGCCCUUGUCUGAAACCAGUGAACAGAAUUUGCGUUUUAUUGAUAAAAUUACUCCUUCAGCCGACGUUGUCAUAGGUCCUCAAUCGCAGAAAGAGAUUAAACCAAGGCUAUCGUCAGAAACAUUCAAUCAAUCCUCACGUAUUUCUGAUGAUAUUACUAAAUCGGUUGAAGAUCAUAAGUCUUCAAAUUUUGCUUAUCAUGAGAAAGAUAUAAAACCAACGCCAUUACCAGAAAUCAUUGACCAAGAUUUAGCUUCUAUUGAUGAAAUUAACGAAGAAUCUUCUAAAGAUAAUGUACCUCCUCAAUUGGUUUUCCAUGAUGAUGAAUUAUUAAAAAAGAUGAAACCAAGACCAAUAUCAGAAGCCUUUAAUCAAUCCUUACUUCUUUCUGAUGAAAUUGCUAAAACAGUUGAAGAUGAUAAGGUUUCUCAGUUUACUUCCAGUAAAUCUGAAUCAACAAGAGAAACAAUACCAAGGCUCUUAUCUGAAAUCAAUGAACAUGAUUUACGUUUUAUUGAUGAAAAUACCAGGAAAUCAGCUAAUCCCCUGGCUUUUCAUGAAGAAAAAACUAAAUCAAGGCCACUAUCUCAUAUCAACCAACAAGACUUAGCUCUAAUUGAUCUAAUUGAUGCAAGUAUCAGGAGAUCAACCGAUAAUGCCUCUACUUUGGCUUCUCCAGAAGAAUAUCCAAGGCCACCAUCUGAAGCUAAUGCAGAAGAUUUACAUCAUUACAGUGUAUCAGUUAAAGAUGAUAAGUCUCCUAAUUUUGCUUCUCAUGAAGAUAAAUCAAGGCCAUUGUCUGAUAUUACUAGAAGAUCUUUUAAUGCGCAUACACUACAACAAGAGAUGACACCCAGACCAUCAUCUGAAAUUCUUAAAGCAUCAGACGAUAUUCCUCCACCUUUGCCUACUAGUCCAGUUCCAACAAAAAUAGAAGAAAUAAAAUCUCCAGAGUCCUUGAUUCCUGUCAGAAAAGAGAAACUUCUUCCUCCAAGUCUUAGACCAAAGAAACCUGAAGACUUACCAAAACAGUUCACUUAUGGCAAUGUGACUUUUAGGAAUAGCAGCAAAACCUCUUCGCCAGUCUCAGAGGCAAGACAAUCCAAGCGACUGUCUGAGCUAAUGUUUAAAGAAACGAUUUUUGUUCCUACUGAGCAGGAGUCAGAACCAUUUACACCAACACGCAGUUAUAAGCAACAAAACAGUUAUAGGGAAAGCGUAUUUGUUGCUAGUCCCACUAGCAAGAUCCCUACUCCGAAGUUUUUUUUGAGCAAAUCCAAGUCUCCAUUCACACCAGAACCUAUAGAGAAACCAAAGUACCAAAGCUACAAAGAAACUGUAUUCGUUUCUGAAGAAUCUCAUCAACGAAACUCUUGGACGGAUUCUCUAAAAGAGGGUCUACUGGACAACGAUAACUCUUAUGAGCCAGUCUACUAUUCAAACGUGUUAUUCCCCUCGAGAAUCCCAAAGAGCGUUUCCAGUUUUUCUUCUAUUUCAAAAAAACCUCUACCACUCCCAAGAGUAUCUUCGUUCAGGUCACAAGAGCACCUGGUUGCUGGUAUCAGUGACACUUUUGACACUAUGUCUAGCUCAAAUGAAAAUUUCAGUGAAGUAAAUAAAUCCUCUGAGCCCCAACCGAAUAAUGAGAUUGCGGGGGAUCGUGUGGCAGAGGACACGAAACCCUUACCCCCCGAUGUAAAUGACUUGUCCGCCGAUGCCAUUUUGGUCGAUCAGAGCAAGGCUCGCACCGAUAUAUUUAGGAAUACAAGUCAUCAUGAGGAGCUAGAGCUGGGUAAAAUAAUGACUGAACAGGAAGAGCAAAAAAGUGCGAAACCUCCAUCACUUGAAGACGAAUCUAUCGAAGAGGUCCCGAGGAAUGGGGAAGAAUCUGACGUGAACCUAUUCCAUAUGGAUUCGCAGGCUUCCUGUGAUUCUUACCUUGAACUUUUUAAAACAAAAGAGAGUAAAGAGUUUGAUAUUUUAAGGGGGAAAAAGCCUCAUAAAACCUUUGCUGGUUUCACUUAUGUGGAAGAAAUUUUGGCUGAAGAUGCGUCCUCUAUUAGCACUGGAAACUUGGAUGAUCUUAGCGAGGAUGCUGGUCCGAAGAUAGUAGGGUUCGUGCCUCUGGAUAAUCAAACCACUCCAGUUUUCACCAAACCUGCAGAAAAUGUUGGUGCACUUGCACAAGAUGAACCAGUUGAUUCAGAGUCAAUAGCAAAACCAGAGAAAGUUGAGGAUGAUGACCUGAAUUCCUCAGUGGAACUUUUGGCGAAAAAACCCUCAACAGUAAGCAGCAGAAGUCAAAGUAGCAGCAGAACAAGCUUCUCCCAAGCCAAAAAAAUAUUUGAGGCUCUAGAGGAGGCACAUAAAGACGAACCGACGAGACCAAAGAGUGCAGUCAAUCCUAAAUCCCAGCCGAGAGUUAGUCUGAGAGAUUCGAGGAGCCUGGAGCAGAUCAAGCCCAAGAGUUCCGACAAGGAGAGCAUUGGGGAGCGCGGGCUAUUGCAGUAACCGUGUUUUAUAUUAUCAUUGAUAAUGAUAUUUUUAAUAAUAAAGUAUGCGCUAGCAGUACAAUGUUUGUUUUUUGAGCAUUUUUAUGUGUUUUUUUGUUAAAUAAAAUUGAAUUUUAUUAGAAA